UGUUUGUCUGUGAGCUUCUUCUUCCACCCUCAUACACACAAGCUCCCCAAGGUUUUGGUGUCUGCUCUCUGGACGCCCCACCCCAACUUUCUGUCCUGGAUCUUUGGAAAAGAACAAGCCUCUCCAAGCCUCUGCUCCGCAUCUGACUUGCAAGAAACAUGACAGACUCGUCUACCAACAUGCGGCUGAAGCUGCCAAUUAUCUGCUUCAUCCUGGAAAUCAUUCUCAUCAUCCUCUUUGGUGUUCUGGUGGUGUACGAUGAAGACACAGACGCAAAGCUGUUUAAUAAGAAUAUGAAAAUUAAUAACUCCACAGCUGGUGGGCACAACGGACAUGGUUCUGGAACAUCUGAUGAUACUGACUAUAGGAAUGAUUUCUACUACCGCUAUCCAAGUUUCCAGGAUGUGCAUGUAAUGAUUUUCAUCGGCUUUGGUUUCCUCAUGACCUUCCUUCAGCGCUACGGCUUCAGCAGUGUGGGCUUCAACUUCCUCAUCGCAGCCCUGGCCCUGCAGUGGGCCACUCUCAUGCAGGGCUUCUUCCAUGGAUUACAUGAGGAUGGGAAAAUUCACAUUGGAGUGGAAAGUAUGAUCAAUGCGGACUUCUGCACUGGCUCUGUGCUGAUCUCGUUCGGAGCGGUUUUGGGAAAAACCAGUCCCAUCCAGCUGUUGAUUAUGGCAGUUUUUGAGGUCACACUGUUUGCCGUCAAUGAAUACAUCUUGCUCAGCAUUUUAGGAACUAGAGAUGCUGGAGGCUCCAUGACCAUCCACACCUUUGGAGCAUACUUUGGCUUGAUGGUGACGCGAAUCUUGUACCGCCCCAAACUGGAGCAGAGCAAACAUAAGAACUCGUCAGUCUACCACUCUGACUUGUUUGCAAUGAUAGGUACCAUCUAUCUGUGGAUGUUCUGGCCCAGCUUCAACUCUGCUGUCACAGCACAUGGAGACCCCCAGCACCGCACAGCCAUGAACACUUACUACUCUCUGGCAGCCUGCACUCUGUCAACAUAUGCCAUGUCUGCCCUCACAGCUCACGAUGGAAAGCUGGACAUGGUGCACAUUCAAAAUGCCGCCCUGGCCGGAGGAGUCGCAGCAGGAACAGCUGGUGAAAUGAUGCUCACACCUUUUGGCUCCAUGAUCGUUGGGUUUUUGGCAGGAAUCAUCUCUGUCCUUGGCUUUAAGUAUCUCUCGCCCAUCCUGGAGGAGAAGCUGAAGAUCCAGGAUACCUGUGGAAUCCACAAUCUGCACGGCAUGCCCGGCAUCCUGGGGGCCAUUGUUGGGGCUGUCACUGCUGCUGUGGUCCCGAAGGACGUUUAUGGAAAUGGUUUGGCAAAGGUUUUUCCUGAUGUGGCAAGUGGAGAAAGAGAGACAUCUUAUCAGGCCGGCAUGCAAGCCAUUUCUCUUGUAAUCACUCUUGCGAUUGCCAUUUUUGGAGGACUCAUUGUUGGCUUCAUUUUGAAGCUGCCGGUGCUUGGAGCUCCUCGCGACAAUGCCUGCUAUGAGGACAGCGUCUACUGGGAGGUACCAGGUGAAGAGCACCAUGACCAAGAGCUAACUGAUGUGAGGAUGGAAGAAACUGAGAAGAUAAACAGUUAGACACACAGAACCAAUCUAAGGUUUUGACGGCACUUGAAAGCCUACAGGCUACAAAAUACUCUUUAUAUUCAUGCCAGCUGCCAAACAGUUUUUACAUUUGAAACAUUAUCUGUCUUUAAAGUCAAUAGAACAGAAAUUAAUGAGUAAAACCACUAGAGGUCAAUCUAGAGUUGUGUCUGUGAACACGCUGCACUGAUAAAUGAUGUUUUCAUUUAUUAAAAUCUGCUUUGUGAUUGUCCAUCAAACACAAAUUUGAAAUAAUUGCUUAUUUUUACUGUAAGAUGAAACCAAAGAGAGACUUAAAAACAGAUAAAUUCAUUUAGCUGAAUUAUGUUAGUCAAGAUUAGAUGUUUUUAUAGGAUUUAUUUUAAAGUAACUGUUUUUUUAAUUACAGAAAAAGAUUUCAUGCUGUGAGGUAAUGAUAUUUUACUGUUCAUUACAUGUGAUUACAUUAACUUUAGAAUCGUAUACAAUUUUGCCUCAUAUUAAACCAUGCCAGUCUUAUUGUUACUUAUGUACACUUUCAUAUUUGUAUGGUAAUCUCCUAAUUGAUUUCCAAAUUGACUUAAACCUACAGGAAAAUUUAUGUUUGUGACAUUGACUGUAUUUAUAAGAGCAGACAGACUUUUAAAUAAAGUUUUGGGCUAAAAAUGAA